CCCAAAUCCCAUCAACCAAAAGCUAAAACAAGCCCAAUGCGCACUGCGCACCCGUCGCGAUUCCUCACCCUCGCCCACUCCCGCUUCUCUCUCUCGUCAUCACACAUUCGCUUCCUCUCCUCCUCCCACUCUCUCCCCGCAACUCCUCUCUCUCCUCCCCUCUCUCUUUCCUCCCCACUCUCCUCCAUGGCCGAAGCUGUGGACAACACCAUCACCAACUCUCUCUCCUCCUCCUCCGCCGCCGCCGAUGACGUGGAGUUCGGGUUCAAACGGCCGGAGAUGUACAAGGAGAAACUCGCCGGCACCGUCGACCCUCCCUUCGACCGCCACGUGUUCCUCUGCUACGGAAGCUACGACUCCUGGCCCUCUCGCGUCGAGAGCUCCGAUUCCGAUCCGCUCCCCAAGCUUCUCUCCGGAGCUCUCAAGACUCGCAAGAACGAAAUCGGCGUCAAGACUCGUCUGACUGUAUGCGAGGGACGCGAGGGAACUGAGUUUUCAGAUGGAGAUGUUCUUAUUUUCCCCGAGAUGAUUAAGUACAGGGGGUUGAAGGACUCAGAUGUGGAUAGCUUUGUUGAGGAUGUAAUCGUGAGUGGCAAACCGUGGGCAUCAGGAGUGCCAGAGGUGUUGGCUGGUUCUCAUGUGUUCGUUUGUGCUCAUGCCAAUAGAGAUAAAAGAUGUGGUGUUUGUGGACCAGUUCUUAUUGAGAAGUUUGAAGAGGAGAUUGAAACGAGGGGAUUGAAGGAUCAGGUUUUUGUGAGUGCUUGUUCGCAUAUUGGGGGUCACAAAUAUGCUGGGAACAUCAUAAUUUUCAGUCCAGAUGCAGAGGGAAAAAUUGCUGGUCACUGGUAUGGUUAUGUUACUCCUGAUGAUGUGCCUGAAAUGCUGGAUCAACAUAUUGGAAAGGGAGAGAUCAUAGAUCGCCUUUGGAGGGGGCAAAUGGGUGUAUAUGUUGAACCUGCUGAGAAAGCAAAGGAACAGAAGAUUCCAAAUGGAAAAGAUGAGGAGAAAAGCAAGAAGAAGCACAAAGGAGAGAAGAAAGUUCAAGUCGAGAAUGGGGUUGUGGCAAGUUGUUGCCAGGGUGCUAAUGGGGUUUCAUGCUGCCAAGAUGGAAGUUCGGAGGCGAAAGAAACCGCUGAAGUGAAAGGAAAGAAAGAGCUGGGAAAAUGUUCAGGCUGGAUGGGAAAGUGGGAGCAAAGUGAGGUCCUUACAGCAGUUGGUGUGGUUGGAGCAGUGGCAACAAUUGCUGUGGCUUACAGCUUCUAUCGAAGGUCAGGUUAAAAGAUGCUUCGCAUCGCAAUCGGUUCCUUUUGUUUUCGGAUGUGGAUUGUAUACCCUCGUUUUUUAAGAGAGGCAAAUGAAAUUUAGUAAAUAAUCUACUGCACAAUUCAGUCCUUUAGAAGGAAAAAGGUGGUUAUAUCGGCUUGCAAAGCACUAUCAGGAGGAAUUACUGGUCUUAGCAAAAUUGAUGUCAAAACAUAUUGGUGAGCCUUUUGUGGUUUAUGGUUACACUUACUAUGGUUACGUUUAGUAUUAGUUACUGUAAUUUCUUUUCCCACAA